AUGCCUUUCGUACAAGCAGGCUCCCACAGCCUCCACUACACAGACUCCCAUCCAACCGGUGCUCCAACACCCUCCGGCCAAACCAUCAUUUUCGUCCACGGCUUAGGCUCCUCGCAAAAUUACUAUUUUCCCGUUAUCCCCUAUCUGACGCAAAACCACCGCUGCAUCACCAUCGACACCUACGGCGCUGCCCGCUCCCCGUACACCAAUGACACAGUCUCAAUCCCGAAUAUCGCGGAGGAUGUCAUCGGCGUACUGGACGCGCUGAACGUGGCCAAGGCCGUGGUCGUCGGUCACUCGAUGGGCGGGUUAGUCGUUAUUGAGCUGGGAGCGAGAUUUCCGGAUCGUGUGCAGGGCGUUGUACCCAUUGGCCCAACUCAUCCAUCGGAAAUGUUGGUGUCGGUUAUGGGGAAGAGGGCGGAGACGGUGCUGGAAGCUGGAAUGGAACCAAUGGCCAACACCAUCCCCUCCGCCGCCGUCGGUUCCCGCAGCACCCCGCUCCAACGGGCCUUCAUCCGCGAACUUCUUCUCGGUCAGGAUCCCAAGGGAUAUGCGGCUCUCUGCCGUGCCAUCGCUAGUGCCCAGGUCCCGGAUUAUGCGGCUGUUCGGGCGCCGUUCUUGCUUAUUGCUGGUGAAGAGGAUAAGUCGGCUACUAUGGAGGGGUGUAAGUUUAUUUUUGAGCAUGUGGGGAGUCAGAGUCAGGAUAUGGAGGUUUUGGAGGGGGUUGGACAUUGGCAUUGUAUUGAGUCUCCUGAUGAGGUUGGGAGAUUGAUUGCGCAGUUUGUUGGGGGGAUUAGCGCUUAG